ACUGUGAAGGUGCCCAUGAUGAAACUUAAGUUUCUAACCACACCCUACUUCCGGGAUGAGGAGCUGGCCUGCACUGUGGUGGAGCUGAAGUACACAGGCAAUGCCAGCGCCCUGUUCAUCCUCCCUGAUCAAGACAGAAUGCAGCAGGUGGAAGCCAGCCUGCAGCCAGAGACCCUGAGGAAGUGGAGGGACUCUCUGAGGCCCAGCAUAAUUGAUGAGCUCUACCUGCCCAAGUUCUCCAUCUCCACUGACUACAGCCUGGAGGACAUCCUUCAUCAGCUGGGCAUCAGGGAAGUCUUCUCCGCACAGGCUGACCUGUCUGGGAUCACAGGGGCCAAGAACCUGAGAGUCUCUCGGGUGGUCCACAAGGCUGUGCUGGACGUGGCUGAGACAGGCACAGAAGCAGCGGCUGCCACUGGAAUAAUGUUGAUGGGAUCGGCUCUAAUUUUGGACCCUCUUGAAGUGCAUUUUGACAGGCCAUUUCUGAUGAUUAUCUCUGACACAGAUACUCAGACUUCACUCUUUAUGGCCAAAGUCACAAAUCCCAAGGAAAACUAGAACUUCCCAUGUGGUGAUGCUUCUUCCUGGGAGCCAGGGAUUAAGCCUGUAUGUGGGUCUCUAUGUGCAUUUUGGCGUCCAUGCUCUGAUUGGAUGUG